CAACUGGAGCGAGUUUUCUUGCGUUUGGGCCAUGCAGAGACAGAUGACCAACUCCAGGACAUCAUAUCCAAGUUCCUGCCCCCAGUCCUCCUCAAGCUGUCCAGCGUGCAGGAGGGAGUGAGGAAGAAAGUAAGGACCCACUGAUGUCUGUUUCUUCCACCCUGCAGUACCAGUAGCCUGCACAUAGCUGUGUCUCCGUUCUCCAGCACCCUUCUCACUUUUGUCGUCUGGAUUUUACAAUACUUACACUACCAGUCAAAAGUUUGGACACACCUACUCAUUCAAGGGGUUUUCUUUAAUUGUACAAUUUUUUACAUUGUAGAAUAAUAGUGAAGACAUCAACACUAUGAAAUAACACAUAUGGAAUCAUGUAGUAACCAAAAAAGUGUUAAACAAAUCAAAAUAUAUUUUGUAUUUGAGAUUCUUCAAAUAGCCACCCUUUGCCUUGAUGACAGCUUUGCAAAGCUGCUUCAUGAGGUAGUCACCUGGAAUGCAUUUCAAUUAACAGGUGUCCUUCUUAAAAGUUAAUUUGUGGAAUUUAUUUCCUUGUUAAUGCGUUUGAGCCAAUCAGUUGUGUUGUGACAAGGUGGGGGGGUAUACAGAAGAUAGCCCUAUUUGGUAAAAGACCAAGUCCAUAUUUGGUCUUUGGGGUGGCAGGUAACUUAGUGGUUAAGAGCGUUGUGCCAGUAACCGAAAGGUCGCUGGUUCUAAUCCCCGAGCCGACUAGGUGAAAAAUCUGUCGAUGUGCCCUUGAGCAAGGCACUUAACCCUAAUUGCUCCUGUAAGUCGCUCUGGAUAAGAGCGUCUGCUAAAUGUAAAAAAAAAAAUAAUAAUAAUAUUAUGGCAAGAACAGCUCAAAUAAGCAAAGAGAAACGACAGUCCAUCUUUACUUUAAGAUAUGAAGGUCAGUAAAUCCGGAACAUUUCAAGAACUUUGAAAGUUUCUUCAAGUGCAGUUGCAAAGUCCAUCAAGCGCUAUGAUGAAACUGGCUCUCAUGAGGACCGCCACAGGAAUGGAAGACCCAGAGCUACCUCUGCUGCAGAGGAUAAGUUCAUUAGAGUUACCAGCCUCAGAAAUUGCAGGCCAAAUAAAUGCUUCACAGAGUUCAAGUAACAGACACAUCUUAACAUCAACUGUUCAGAGGGGACUGUGUGAAUCAGGCCUUCAUUGUCGAAUUGUUGCAAAUAAACCACUACUAAAGGACACCAAUAAGAAGAAGAGACUUGCUUGGGCCAAGAAACACGAGCAAUGGACAUUAGUCUGCAGUCCAAAUUUGAGAUUUUUGGUUUCAACCACUAUGUCUUUGUGAGACGCGGUGUGGGUGAACGGAUGAUCUCCGCAUGUGCAUUUCCCACCUUAAAGCAUGGAGGAGGAGGUGUUAUGGUGUGGGGGUGCUUUGCUGGUGACCCUGUCUGAUUUAUUUAGAAUUUAAGGCACAUUAACCAGCAUGGCUACCACAGCAUUCUGCAGCGAUACGCCAUCCCAUCUGGUUUGGGCUUAGUGGGACUAUCAUUUGUUAAUCAACAGGACAAUGACCCAACACACCUCCAGGCUGUGUAAGGGCUAUUUUACCAAGAAGGAGAGUGAUGGAGUGCUGCAUCAGAUGACCUGCUGCAUCAGAUUACCUGGCCUCAACAAUCCCCCGACCUCAACCCCAUUGAGAUGGUUUGGGAUGAGUCGGACGGCAGAGUGAAGGAAAAGCAGCCAACCAGUGCUCAGCAUAUGUGGGAACUCCUUCAAGACUGUUGGAAAAGCAUUCCAGGUGAAGCUGGUUGAGAGAAUGCCAAGAGUGUGCAAAGCUGUCAUCAAGGCAAAGGGUGGCUGCUAUUUUGAAGAAUCUCAAAUAUAAAAUAUAUUUUGAUUUGUUUAACACUUUUUUUGGGGUUACUACAUGAUUCCAUAUGUGUUAUUUCAUAGUUUUGAUGUCUUCACUAUUAUUCUACAGUGUAAAAAUAAAGAAAAACCCUUGAAUGAGUAGGUGUGUCCAAACUUUUGACUGUGUACUCUACACCAAUCCUAUGCUUUUAAAUCCAUGACGGGGGAGUGUGCAAGGCUAAUGCACACAGACACAGCUGCUCAAUGCUAUUGGGGAAAGGUCCAUCCGCAGCACUGUGGUGAUGUAAAUGCUGCUCAAUGCUAUUGGGGAAAGGUCCAUCCGCAGCACUGUGGUGAUGUAAAUGCUGCUCAAUGCUAUUGGGGAAAGGUCCAUCCACAGCACUGUGGUGAUGUAAAUGCUGCUCAAUGCUAUUGGGGAAAGGCCCAUCCACAGCACUGUGGUGAUGUAAAUGCUGCUCAAUGCUAUUGGGGAAAGGCCCAUCCACAGCACUGUGGUGAUGUAAAUGCUGCUCAAUGCUAUUGGGGAAAGGCCCAUCCACAGCACUGUGGUGAUGUAAAUGCUGCUCAAUGCUAUUGGGGAAAGGCCCAUCCACAGCACUGGAGUGAUGUAAAUGCUGCUCAAUGCUAUUGGGGAAAGGCCCAUCCACAGCAGUGGAGUGAUGUAAAUGCUGCUCAAUGCUAUUGGGGAAAGGCCCAUCCACAGCACUGGAGUGAUGUAAAUGCUGCUCAAUGCUAUUGGGGAAAGGCCCAUCCACAGCACUGGAGUGAUGUAAAUGCUGCUCAAUGCUAUUGGGGAAAGGCCCAUCCACAGCACUGGAGUGAUGUAAAUGCUGCUCACUGCUAUUGGGGAAAGGCCCAUCCACAGCACUGGAGUGAUUAUAAAGCACACAACAGUUGAACUAGCAAGCCCAAUAAACGUCUCCUCCAUGCGUUGGUAGUGUGCGUGCUGCUGUAAUGGCAUUGACAGAAGCUGCUCUCCAUAGAACACACAGACUGGUUGUAGACCUGCUAGUUUCGCUAUGCGGUAGCUUUAUGCUAGUACGCUAUGCGGUAGCUUUAUGCUAGUACGCUAUGCGGUAGCUUUAUGCUAGUACGCUAUGCGGUAGCUUUAUGCUAGUACGCUAUGCGGUAGCUUUAUGCUAGUACGCUAUGCGUAGCUUUAUGCUAGUACGCUAUGCGGUAGCUUUAUGCUAGUACGCUAUGCGGUAGCUUUAUGCUAGUACGCUAUGCGGUAGCUUUAUGCUAGUACGCUAUGCGGUAGCUUUAUGCUAGUACGCUAUGCGGUAGCUUUAUGCUAGUACGCUAUGCGGUAGCUUUAUGCUAGUACGCUAUGCGGUAGCUUUAUGCUAGUACGCUAUGCGGUAGCUUUAUGCUAGUACGCUAUGCGGUAGCUUUAUGCUAGUCAUGAACCGUCUCUUCCUUAACGGUCUACUGGAAUCACAAUCUCUUCUUCUCUACCAGGUGACGGAGCUACUGGUGACUUAUAAUUACAACUUAUUAUAACUCAUUAUAAUCGUAACCUCUUGUUCUCCCUACCAGGUGAUGGAGCUCCUGGUCCACUGAACGAGAGGAUGAAGAACCUUUAUUAUAACUAAUUAUAAUCGUAACCUCUUGUUCUCCCUACCAGGUGAUGGAGCUCCUGGUCCACUGAACGAGAGGAUGAAGAACCUUUAUUAUAACUAAUUAUAAUCGUAACCUCUUGUUCUCCCUACCAGGUGAUGGAGCUCCUGGUCCACUGAACGAGAGGAUGAAGAACCUUUAUUAUAACUAAUUAUAAUCGUAACCUCUUGUUCUCCCUACCAGGUGAUGGAGCUCCUGGUCCACUGAACGAGAGGAUGAAGAACCUUUAUUAUAACUAAUUAUAAUCGUAACCUCUUGUUCUCCCUACCAGGUGAUGGAGCUCCUGGUCCACUGAACGAGAGGAUGAAGAACCUUUAUUAUAACUCAUUAUAAUCGUAACCUCUUGUUCUCCCUACCAGGUGAUGGAGCUCCUGGUCCACUGAACGAGAGGAUGAAGAACCUUUAUUAUAACUAAUUUUAAUCGUAACCUCUUGUUCUCCCUACCAGGUGAUGGAGCUCCUGGUCCACUGAACGAGAGGAUGAAGAACCUUUAUUAUAACUAAUUAUAAUCGUAACCUCUUGUUCUCCCUACCAGGUGAUGGAGCUCCUGGUCCACUGAACGAGAGGAUGAAGAACCUUUAUUAUAACUAAUUAUAAUCGUAACCUCUUGUUCUCCCUACCAGGUGAUGGAGCUCCUGGUCCACUGAACGAGAGGAUGAAGAACCUUUAUUAUAACUAAUUAUAAUCGUAACCUCUUGUUCUCCCUACCAGGUGAUGGAGCUCCUGGUCCACUGAACGAGAGGAUGAAGAACCUUUAUUAUAACUAAUUAUAAUCGUAACCUCUUGUUCUCCCUACCAGGUGAUGGAGCUCCUGGUCCACUGAACGAGAGGAUGAAGAACCUUUAUUAUAACUCAUUAUAAUCGUAACCUCUUGUUCUCCCUACCAGGUGAUGGAGCUCCUGGUCCACUGAACGAGAGGAUGAAGAACCUUUAUUAUAACUAAUUUUAAUCGUAACCUCUUGUUCUCCCUACCAGGUGAUGGAGCUCCUGGUCCACUGAACGAGAGGAUGAAGAACCUUUAUUAUAACUCAUUAUAAUCGUAACCUCUUGUUCUCCCUACCAGGUGAUGGAGCUCCUGGUCCGCCUGAACGAGAGGAUGAAGAACCUUUAUUAUAACUCAUUAUAAUCGUAACCUCUUGUUCUCCCUACCAGGUGAUGGAGCUCCUGGUCCACUGAACGAGAGGAUGAAGAACCUUUAUUAUAACUCAUUAUAAUCGUAACCUCUUGUUCUCCCUACCAGGUGAUGGAGCUCCUGGUCCACUGAACGAGAGGAUGAAGAACCUUUAUUAUAACUCAUUAUAAUCGUAACCUCUUGUUCUCCCUACCAGGUGAUGGAGCUCCUGGUCCACUGAACGAGAGGAUGAAGAACCUUUAUUAUAACUCAUUAUAAUCGUAACCUCUUGUUCUCCCUACCAGGUGAUGGAGCUCCUGGUCCACUGAACGAGAGGAUGAAGAACCUUUAUUAUAACUCAUUAUAAUCGUAACCUCUUGUUCUCCCUACCAGGUGAUGGAGCUCCUGGUCCACUGAACGAGAGGAUGAAGAACCUUUAUUAUAACUCAUUAUAAUCGUAACCUCUUGUUCUCCCUACCAGGUGAUGGAGCUCCUGGUCCACCUGAACAAGAGGAUUAAGAGCCGACCUUUGAUCCAGCUACCCGUAGAGACUCUGCUGGUCCAGUACCAGGACCCUGCAGCGGCGUCCUUCGUUACGGUAACGCUCUACAUUCUACCCCGGGGGGUGCGUUCAGCAGGACACAAAGUUGUGGAACGUUCAGAUAUAUAAAUAUUUCGUUGUAGAACAAGCUUUGCCUCUCUCUCUGACGUGUAGAAUAAGGACUGGCGACGACGUCGUCUCUGUUCAUGAUAUUUCUAUGGGCAGCGUUCCACAAUGUUUGCCUGCUGAACGUGUCCUUGGUCUACUUCCUGGUUGGUUGCCCAUCACUGAUCUUUGGUCAGUUUUUAGCAUUUCCUCUACUAGUGGUUAAGGUUGGGAUUGGGGGGAGGGGAAGCUGAUCCUAGACCUGUACCAAGGGGAGACUUCACCCCCGGACGCGGUUCAGCCGGAUGAGGGUUGACCCACCCCCCGUCUGGGUCCGGUUCUGGUUCCUCUCAAGGUUUCUUCUGUCCUUGGUACUUUGCUACUGCUAGCUGCUGUUUGGGAUGUGAUUAUCUUGUCAAAUAUGGAAAUUCUAUUGAAAUGACAUCUCUCAAACGGAGUAGGCCUAUGUCCAAACUCUGUCGUCUGUGCCUCUGCUCGCCAUGUUCUUUACUCCCCCUGACAUUGUGAGAUUUUUAAAUCCAGAACGGUGGAUUCUCUCUGCAGAAUUUCACCAUCAUUUACAUCAAGAUGGGUUACCCUCGACUGGAGGUGGGGAAACAGUGUGAGCUGGCACCAACCCUGCUGACCGCUAUGGAGGGCAAGCCUGAACCCCAACAGGACAGGUAAGGAGGGAGAUACAGAGACACACACACACACACACGCGCUGUAUGUACACACACACACUGUAUACACACACACACACACACACACACACUGACUUCCUGUCCCCUCUCUCCCUAGCUUGAUGCGCCUGCUGGUUGCUACUCUGUACCACAUGAAGUACAUUAACACACACACACUGUCUUCGUCUCCUCUACUCCCUCCAGCUUGAUGCACCUCCUGAUCCCGUCCUUGUACCACAUGAAGUACCCAAAGGCCUCUUCCAACUCUUCCAAGAUGGCCGCUCCCUUCAUCCUGAUAGAGAAACCUAAGACGGUUCAGCUGCUGCUGGAGUUCAUGCUGGACGUACUGUUGAUGCCCUACGGGUCAGUGGGGGGGUGAUGCCCUAUGGGUCAGUGGGGGGGUGAUGCCCUAUGGGUCAGUGUGUGGGUGAUGCCCUAUGGGUCAGUGUGUGUGUGUGUGUGUGUGUGUGUGAUGCCCUAUGGGUCAGUGUGUGUGUGUGUGAUGACCUACGGGUCAGUGGGGAGACUAAGUUGCGUCUCCAAGGGCCCUGGUCUAAAGUAGUGCGCUAUAGAGGGAAUAGGGUGCCAUUCUCUGGUCUAAAGUAGUGCACUAUAUAGGGAAUAGGGUGCCAUUCUCUGGUCUAAAGUAGUGCGCUAUAGAGGGAAUAGGGUGCCAUUCUCUGGUCUAAAGUAGUGCGCUAUAUAGGGAAUAGGGUGGCAUUUGGGAUGCAGCCUAUGGGGGCCGGCCAUUUUUAAGUGUUCAAGUGUGCUAGUAUGCAAGGGUGGUUAACAGUUAUUGUUAAAACUCUGUAACAUACUAUAAAACUUGCAAACACCAUGCUCACUCAAGUCAUAGUUUUUCGAAAGACGGCAUUGAAUUAAUUAAUACAGUCCUAAACAAUUUACCGACAGUUUUGCCUUGUUGUUGACCUGCCCCUCCUCUCCUCUCCACCGCUCUCUCCUCUGGCCUCCAGGUUUGUCCUGAACGAGCCUCCCACUCGCCCAGCUCCCUCGUCCCCCCAGGGUAGCUCCGGGCCUGGGGCAGCAGCAGCCGGACAGGGCCUCCCCCAGCCUCCUCCAGGGAUGAGCGUCUACGCUGCAAAGAGGGUCAUCGGAGAGGCACAGUGGAGCCCAGAGCAGCUGGAACAGGUACUGACCUCUGAACUC